GUUUUUCAUCAACCUUCCCCUACCUUCCGCAAAAUGUCUCAUAAUACCUCCAACCCCCCAGCAAUAUCCAUAAGUGUAUCUAUUAACCCACCCAAAUUUACCCGAGGCUCUGAAUCACCUCCCAGUGCCACCAUCUCUACUACAGCAACCUCACACGCUUUUGAACCCAUCACUAUAUUCACAUGGCAUACUAUAUUUAAUCUCGGACUUGCCCAACGGCGUAAAAACUUCAUCUGUACAGACCUCACGACAGGUUUGCCGGUCCAGCUCGAGACUACCAAGGGCCCAAAACGACCACAGUUUAGUUUUGCACUCGGCGGCCGUGAUGACGACUACUUCAUUACUCUGGAGCCGCACAGGCCUAUCACCAUCACCCAUAGGUUUCUUCGAUCCGCUGCACUCCAAGGCAAUCGAGGCUUUACGCCCGGCCAUAAGUACCAACUUAAAGUACGUGAGGACGAGGAGGUUGAAUGGUGGCGCUAUGGAAAGAAAGAAGAUGUAAUGUCGCCUCCUGGUCAGUCUACUCCAAAGGAAGGCUGUGAACAUGCGAGCGGUCCACCAAUUAAAUUGAGUCCUAUUGCUCCAGUUGAGUUUGAGGUCGAAUGAGGCUGGGAGCAAAGGCACUGAUUAGCAUUAAGCCAAAGAAGAAUACCUGAUAUUAAAG